AUGAACACGAGUCAAAAUUUAGCAAAUAUUCGAAGAGGGUGUAAAAAUGACGGAGUUCUAUAUCAGAAUCAGAAUAUAACAAUAAUAUAUGAACAGUCUUAUGGUCCAACCGAAUAUGAUAUAAAACAUUAUCUAGAGAACAUGAUUAAACUAGUGCGAAAUAGUGUAGAUGACUUAAAUCAACAUUUUGUUCAAUAUGGCAAUUUAUCAGUGAUGACAGCAAAAAAAUUUAAAGCCAUUAGCAUUCAAGGAUAUAAUCUUGUUAUGGCAAAGACCUAUAGAAUGUAUGAGAUAUUCAAAUGCAAACUUCCAAUAUCAUAUACGGAGCGGUGGUUACUUGUAAGGAUCGCAAAGAUUUGCUUGUGCUUAGAGACAUUACUUAUUAAACGACAAUCUGUGAAAGAAAAAAUGUGCGAAGAAGAUGCAAUUACUAAAAGUGGUCCUAGUUGCGUAUCUAAUUAG